AUGCAGCAUCCGAUCAGAGCUUCGACCGAGAGUGAGAAAACCACUCCACAUGAAUCACAGCAUUUUGAUAUAGAGCUGGAGUUUGGUCAUUUGGGCAGUUUUGAGUCCACUUUUAUUAAUGGCAUAAAUCCCAAAGUGUUUUCUUAUACUUCUAAUGGCGACUUACUGGUUCAACCUCUAUUUCAAUUUCUAGCAGAAAAAGGCUAUCAAACCUCAAACUCUAUGAUUUCAUAUUUCUCAAACAAAGAGAAUAUGUAUGUAUUUAUAGGCAAUGACCCUUUAGCAGCUGAUGCAGCCAUUCCUAGAGAAGAACUGAAAACAGCUGCUUUAAAGAUAAAGCUCAGGUACAGUCCACAAAUUGAAGCGCCUAUUCCAAAUGUUGAAGACGAUGACGCAGGCUCAGACAAGGGAGGUAAAGGCUCAAAGCGAACCAAGGAGAGAAAAAUUGGGUAUAUAGUGGAAAAAGUUGCCAGAUGGAGAAACCUAUAUAAUGGGAUUCAAAAUUUGAAAGGAGAAACAGUUAGAAUGACACUUGAGGAAGCAGCCACUCAAGUGGGGAUUUCAAAAAAAUCGCUAGAUGAUUAUUUGUUGCAGCUCAGAUUUGGCAGGAAAUUUGGAUUCAAUUUCGAGGAACAUAAAAAUGAUAAGGUCGGGAUUUUAAGAGCUUACGUGAAAAAGUACAAGCAGAUUCAAAAUGAGAUGUCAAAACUGUCACCAGGUGAGCAGCUUUCUAAGGAAAGCCAAGAAAUCCUUAACCAAAAAGGAACUCCAUCUUGUAAGGCCAGAAAAUGCUGUGUUCCUCCACCUGGAGUUUUAAAGUUCCCAGCCCAGAAUCAAGCAAGCUUAGGAAUUAUGGAGUUUUCUUAUAAUCCUUUAAGUAUUGUUUAA